AUGGCCAUCUUCCAGUCUAAGAAGUUCCGACCCUCAGCCCAAGCAAACACAAUCGCAGCCAGGUACCGGAGUGCCCUGGCAAAGCACCCAUUUGCGCUCUUUGGACUCCCUUUCAUAGCAACCAUGGUCGCUGGGUCAUUCUUUUUGACCCCCGCUACGGCGAUCAGAUACGAGAAACACGAUAGACGAGUGCAGAGGGUUACCAAGGAUGAGGAGUUGGGAAUUGGGAAGAAUGCAAGGAAAGUCGAUAUGAAGGAGGAGUACUAUAAAUUGGCCGCGAAGGACCUGGAUGAUUGGGAGCAAAAACGAGUCAAGAGAUUGAAGGGAGAGCAUGACGGCAUCAUUUGA